AUAUUUGUCGUAUGCAGAAGAUUUGGCGUCUUUCUGAACCCUACAACCAAAAUUGCUAGCAUUGGCGUCCAGGUACGCCACCGCCUGACGACACACGGGUUUUCAAUGAACGUCACUUCGGAGCCUAUUACAUGGUUUAACCAGAUUGUGGCUUGUGGAUUGGCUGAUGUUAAAGCUGGGUCUAUUGAAGGAGUUCAAGGGCGGCCAAUCAGUUUGAAGGAUGAAAUUCCUGCGCUUGUGGAGCGUUUUGGGAAGCUGUACGAAAGAGAAAUGGUUGAGAUGGAUGCAAAGAAUGAAGGAGAAAUUGGGCAGGCGAUUCUGGAAAUGGAGGAAGAUGCACGUCGUUCAGGGUCUUGGGCGACAGAGCCUAUAGAAGCACCAAUUGCAUAGAAGAAAUAAAACCCUUGACAAAAACUUUAUGCUAUGAGAAAAAAUCGAUCAUUUGAGGCUUUUGAUCCUUGUCUUGAACAUUCCCAUACCUUUACCACCACCAUCACGUUCAAAAUGCGAGUUCUUAUUCUAGGUGCAACUGGGCCAAUUGGAAUCGCUCUCUGCCACGAAAUUCUCUCGUCUAUCCAGGACUCUUCGCUCGUGCUUUUUGUCCGUUCUCCUCAGAAAGUCCCCAAUGAUUUGUCUUCGAGCAGUCGUGUUAGUGUCAUUACUGGGCAACUUACAGACGUUGCAUCUCUUGCCGAGGCGAUGGAGGGUGUGGAUGCAGUAUGUAGUGCUUUGGGACCGAGUGUCAAGAAAGGUCCCUUCCAUCCGUCUGGGGAACCCUUGGCACACGCAUAUAAGAACGUUAUCGAUGCGAUGAAGAAGCAUGGCAUCAAACGUCUAUUUGCUAUAGGCACUGCAUCUAUUCCUGCUCCCGAAGAUAAAUCCGACAUCAAAUUCACUGCGCUUGUGACUGCAGUUAGCACCUUUGCCAGAACUGCCUACAAAGAUAUGGUAGCCAUUGGCGAAACCAUCAGUAAACAAGAUGAUCUAUCCUGGAUCAUCGUGCGAGUGCCUCUUUUGAACGACAAGCCUAAUAGAGACGUUAUCGCUGGAUUUAUUGGGGAUGGGAAGGUUCACACUGGGCUUUCUCGAAUUGGCUUUGCUGUUUUCGUCGUCGCUCAGCUCAGUGACCCGGACUCGAUAUGGAUUAAGAAGACACCGAUGAUUUGUAACCCGUAAAUGAUAGCCUAUUCUCUCGAUGGACCUUUGGGUGACCGAUCCGUAAAUCAAGUAGCAAAAAUUGUAAUCAUCGUUUGUACAAUAAUUAAUAUACAUCUAAGCCAGGU